CAACAGUUUGGUACCAAACUAAAAUGGUAAAAAGGAGUUUCUGACUAAAAUAAGAGAAGAUUUUUUUUCUUUCAAAAAACAAGAAAUAGAUGAAGAUCCAGUGCGAUGUUUGUGAGAAGGAAGAGGCAACUUUCUUCUGCUCAGCGGACGAAGCGGCCCUUUGCGGAGCCUGCGACGGCCACGUUCACGAAGCUAAUCUUGUCGCCGGAAAACACCUCCGCUUCACCCUUCUCUACCACGCCCACCACCUUCCUCCUCCUUCGCAGCAGGUCUGCGACAUUUGUAAGGACAAAAGGGCAUUGCUGUUCUGCAAAGAAGAGCGGGCAGUCCUCUGCGGCGGCUGUGAUCUUCAAAUUCACACCGCCAAUGAGCGAACCCAGAAACACAGCCGGUUUCUUUUGACCGGGAUCAAGCUCUCUGCUUCUAAUGCAUCUCCGGCGACCACCGGAGAUCACCCGGACGCUGCUACGAGAUCGUCAGCGUCGGAUGUCGUUGUGUCGGAGGUGGACCAAAGCGGCGAGGGGUCGGUGGUUCCCGGCGGUGCGAGUAGCAUAUCGGAGUACCUGCUCGAGACCAUCCCCGGAUGGCACGUUCAAGAUUUUCUUGAAUAUGAAUUUUAGUUGAUGGGCGAACUGCAAAGUAAGGUAAUACGGAGUAUAUGAUGCAAGUACGUCAAG